AUGGAACCUCCACAUUUUACCAAUGAACAAACCCCAGCUUUCCUGGCUAGGAAAAGAAGAAGACUCACCUUGAACACAAAGAAAAACAUAUCUGGCAUUGUUAGUUCCUCUCAAUCGUCUCAUCAACAUCUCACACCCCUUCCAAAUUUGCUAACGUACCAAAAUAUUAACACUACACCAACUACCUCAACCCAACACCAAUUUCCUGUUUCAACUACCCCUCACAUAGCAAACAUCCUUCCAUUUGACUAUGCCAAUAAGGAAAAUGUAUCCCCAUAUUUCAGGCAAUUUCAAUCAACUACUCCCAUUCCAACGAUGUCAUCCACGGAACAUGCACCUUUACACACAAAUGGAUCGAAAUUCGCUCAUACAGCUUCUUCUAGCCGUCACUUGAAAAACAGAAACAAUGCAAAGACACCAUUCUUUACUCUUCCACUUAGACAAAAUCUUAUAAACAGCUUCAAUAAAACCACUCCUACUCAUAAAGCUACUGUAAAUGCCAAUACCAAUCUCCACACAACACCGCAAAUAAUGCAGCCCCGUGCCGCACAUUCUCAGUUUUAUACAACAUUGGCUGCUGCUGAUUACUCAAGCGAAGAUUCUUCCAGCCAAUCUGAGGAGGACAAUGCUAUGGAUGCCAAUUCUGAUUCAGAUGGAGAUCAAGAUCAACCCGCGGUUCCUUUAGUAAAUUGCCAUGAUGAAGGUCCUUUUUUUUUUAACACCUAUCCUUAUAUUGUUCAUCUUAAUUUGUAUAAUCUGCCAGUUUUUAUUAACAAGUUACCCUAUUUGACAAAUAUAGUAUACUCUGAUAUUGGAGAUCCUGUAUGGGAGUGCAAACACUGUGAUGCCUAUAUGUGGUAUCAGGAACGUAAAGGGAAGUCAAGACAUACAACAAUCCCAAAUUUCAGUUUAUGCUGUAAGGGAGGCAAGAUUGUUGUCCCAUUAUUGGUAACACCACCACCACUUCUUAACACUCUUCUCUUUGAUCCCAAUAUGAAAGAUGCAAACAAUUUCCAAAACAACAUACGAACCUACAACGCAAUGUUUUCAUUUACAUCCCCUGGAAUGAAGUUUGACACUUCUAUCAAUGAAGGCGGAGGUCCUCCAACAUUAAGAUUGCAUGGACAAACUUGCCACCGAAUCGGCAGCUUGCUUCCUGAACAAGGAGAAAUACCAAAAUAUGCUCAACUGUAUAUAUUUGAUACGGACAAUGAAAUUGACAACAGAAUCAAAUGUUUCAAGGACAGCAAGAAUGUUGACAGGUCUAUUGUUACUAAGUUGAAGUUGAUGUUAGAUGAAUAUAAUCCUCAUGCCAAAGCUUUUAGAAUGGCAAGGGAUAUGAUUAAACAGACAGGUUUCCAAGAUAUCAAACUGAAACUUAUUUCAGAACGAUCUUCAGAUGGUCGUGUCUAUAACCAUCCAACCGUAUCGGAGGUUGCUGCUCUUAUUGUGGGUGAUGUCGACACCGCAUCUAAGAGAGACAUUAUUGUUCAACACCGUGACGGUCAUCUACAAAGGAUAGAUGAGUUUCAUUCAGCCUAUCUAGCCUAUCAAUAUCCAAUGAUAUUCGCAUAUGGAGAAGAUGGAUACAGGGAUAAUAUACUGCACAAGUAUAAACAUGAAAAAGAAGUGACAAAGCAAAAUCGUCAAACAAUCAAAGAUUGGUUAUGUUUCCGAUUGCAUGAACGCAAAAAUGAGGCAAGGACACUACUUCAUUCAAGGAGACUAUUUCAACAGUUUUUAGUCGAUGGAUAUACAAUGAUGGAAUCAGAACGACUUAACUGGCUGAGAAAAAAUCAAUCCAAGCUAAGAGUUGGGAAAUAUACCAAGCUUAGUGAACAAUCUGAAAGCACCACACAACAACCACAUUCUAAAACUGGAAGAAGAAUUGUCUUACCAUCCUCAUUUGUAGGCAGCAAGAGAUACAUGGAUCAAUUGUAUUUCGAUGGAAUGGCUAUUUCCAGUGCUAUUGGCUUCCCUGAUUUAUUUUUAACUUUUACCUGCAAUCCUAAAUGGCCUGAGAUUACACGUCACCUAUCCAUGAGGAAUUUAACCCCAACUGAUCGCCCCGACAUAGUUUCAAAGGUCUUCAAGAUGAAGUUUGACGAGCUAAUGGUUGAUUUAACAAAGCGGCAUGUUCUUGGAAAAGUCCUGGCCUACAUCUACACUAUAGAAUUCCAAAAAAGGGGAUUGCCACAUGCUCAUAUUCUCCUAUUUUUACAUCCACUAAGCAAGUAUCCCACUCCACCAGAUAUUGACAACAUAAUUUCAGCGGAAAUCCCCGAUCCACAACUGCAUCCUAGGUUGUACCAUUUAGUUAAGACACAAAUGAUGCAUGGACCAUGUGGUCUUGCACGACCAAAAUGUCCAUGCAUGAAACAUGGAAAAUGUUCUAAGUUUUUCCCUAAAAAGUUCAAUGAAACUACCAUUGUUGAUCAUGAAGGUUAUCCAGUUUACAGGAGAAGUUCACAAACUUUUACUGUUGUUAAAAAUGGUAUAACCUUGGACAACAGGUCCGUCGUUCCGUAUAAUACCAGGUUACUCCUUAAAUAUCAAGCUCACAUCAACAUGGAGUGGUGUAACCAGAGCACCUCAAUCAAAUACCUGUUCAAGUAUAUACACAAGGGAUACGAUCGUAUCACAGCAUCUGUUUCGCGAUCACGAACUUCAUCCAAUAAUGGUGAGAAGGUAAUUGAUGAAAUUAAAGAAUACCUUGAUUGUAGAUACGUAUCACCAGCUGAAGCAUGUUGGCGGCUUUUUUCUUACAAGAUUCAUGGAAGGAAACCCGCUGUUGAGCGUAUGUUCUAUCAUCUAAUCGGUGAAAAGCCGUUGUACUACACUGAUUUUGAAAGAAUGGAAAAUGUUUUAGAAAAAGCAAGUAUAACAGAAUCCAUGUUUACUUCGUGGUUACUUGCAAAUGCUCAGUUUGAAGAUGCAGCACAGUUGACAUAUGGCCAAUUUGUUUCUAAGUUUGUAUAUGUGAAAAAAACACGCUCAUGGAAACCAAGGAAAAAAGGUUUUACAAUUGGAAGGCUCAUUUGGGUUCCACCAACCACCGGGGAACUCUAUUAUCUGAGGAUGAUGCUAACCGUUGUGAGAGGACCAAAAACUUAUGAAGACAUUCGCAAGAUCGGAGAGAAACAAUACGACUCAUUUAGGGACGCAUGCUUUGCAAUGGGAUUUCUGGAAGAUGAUCGAGAAUAUAUAGGUGCUAUUAAAGAGGCCAGCCAAUGGGGAUCUGGACAUUUCUUGCGCAAAUUAUUUAUUGUUAUGCUUCUUUCUGGGACUGUAAACAGGCCCGCAUAUGUGUGGAACAAAACAUGGGAACUCCUAUCGGAUGGAAUCUUGCACGCCCAAAGAAUUUUGGCAUCAAACAAAGCUUUGGUGCUGACAGCGGAACAAACAAAGACUUUGACAUUAAUUGAAAUCGAAAAAUUGCUGCAAGCAAAUCGCAGGAGUCUUAAAGAUUUCAAGCCUAUCCCAUAUCCAGACGAGUAUGUACUGCAACAAUUGGGAAAUCGAUUGAUCUACGAAGAAAGAAAUUAUGACGUCGAUCUUAUGAAGUCUGAAUUCGAUCAACUUUUCAAUGAGCAAAGGAAUAUUUUUGACAAGAUAAUGUUUGCUGUUAACAAACAAAAGGGGGGUGUAUUUUUCUUGCAUGGUUACGGAGGCACCGGUAAAACAUACAUGUGGAGAACACUUGCGACUGCAUUGCGUUCUAAACAUCGGAUUGUUUUAACAGUAGCUUCAAGUGGAAUAGCAUCAUUGUUGUUGCCUGGGGGCAGAACAGCUCAUUCUAAGUUUAAAUUGCCUGUGCCCACAUUGGAAAACUCGACGUGCAAAAUUGAAUAUAAUGAUGAGUACGGACAAUUACUUCGAGAAACCGAUUUGAUCAUUUGGGAUGAAGCCCCCAUGGCAAGCAAAUUUUGUUUUGAAGCACUUGACAAAACCUUAAAGGAUGUUAUGAGUACCGGUAGCAAUUCUACACUAAUUUUUGGUGGAAAGGUGGUGGUAUUUGGUGGAGAUUUCAGACAAAUCUUGCCUGUUAUUCCCAGGGGUAGUAGAUCCGAUAUUGUUCAUGCUACUAUAAAUGCGUCGUAUAUAUGGCACUCAUGUCAGGUUUUGACUUUAACCAAAAACAUGCGAUUGAAGGGAGGCAGAACUGAUGAAGAAAAGAAGGAAAUUGAUCAAUUUUCGAAAUGGCUUUUAAAAUUGGGAGAAGGCCGACUUUCUGAGCCUAACGAUGGCGAUGCUGAAAUUGAUAUUCCGCGUGAAAUCUUGAUAGAACAGUUUGAUGAUCCCAUUGUUGCCAUUGUUGACAGUACAUACCCUGCUUUCUUGGAUAACUUUAGAUCUUUCGAUUACUUGAAAAGUCGGGCUAUAUUAGCAUCAACAAUUGAAGUUGUUGAACAAGUUAAUAAUCAUGUUCUAAACAUGAUGCCAGGGGAAUCCAAAGAAUAUUACAGUUCUAAUUCUGUUGAUCGUUCCGAAAUUCAUGAUAACGGCAUUAUGGCAGUUCUUACGCCUGAGUUUUUGAGUUCCCUACGAACAUCUGGAUUGCCCAGUCAUAUCAUAACAUUAAAGGUUGGAACCCCGAUAAUGCUUAUGAGAAAUAUUGAUCAAUCGGAGGGUUUGUGUAAUGGGACUAGAUUGAUAGUCACAAAAAUGGCAAACCAUGUUUUGGAAGCAAAAAUUAUGGGUGGUAAAGGCCAUGGGAAAAUAACCUAUAUACCAAGAAUGGAUAUGUCUCCAUCACAGUCACCUUGGCCUUUCAAAUUGAAUAGAAGACAAUUUCCAAUCAUUGUUUCCUAUGCAAUGACCAUCAAUAAAUCGCAAGGACAAUCACUCGAUUGGGUAGGACUUUAUAUACCAAAGGAUCUUUUUAGCCAUGGCCAACUAUAUGUGGCCAUUUCAAGGGUAACAACCAAAAAAGGGAUCAAAAUUUUGGUGCAUGAUGAUGAUAAAAAACCAAGGUCUACAACAACAAAUGUUGUCUACAAAGAAGUCUUCGCAAACGUUUAA